AUGGAUACAGACAAAUUUGAAAUCGCCAUAAUCGGGGCCGGAAUCACGGGUAUCACCCUGACCUUGGGACUCCUGUCUCGCGGCAUCCCCGUCCGCGUCUACGAGCGAGCCCGCGACUUUCACGAAAUCGGAGCGGGCAUCGGCUUCACUCCCAACGCCGAAUGGGCAAUGAAAGUGGUCAACCCGCGUAUCCAUACUGCAUUCAAACGCGUCGCUACCCCUAAUGCUUCAGACUGGUUCCAGUGGGUGGACGGAUUCAACGAGACCAGUAUCGACCCGCGGGAGACCGAGGAACAGCUGCUUUUCAAGAUCUACCUAGGCGAGCGUGGUUUCGAGGGCUGUCACCGUGCCCAAUUGUUGGGAGAGCUAGCACGUCUACUCCCUGAGGGUAUUGUUACCUUCCACAAGGCGCUGGAUACUAUGGAGCCCGCAGCAGAUAAUAGACUCGGCCAGCUACUCCGUUUCCAAGAUGGCACGACAGUUACAGCUCAUGCAGUGAUCGGCUGCGACGGGAUCCGGUCGCGUGUUCGCCAAAUUCUCUUCGCACUGGGCGACGCUAAAGUGGCGACGCGCUUCAUGCACCUCGGUCCUGAUGCCCAUGCUCUGACCUUCCCCGUUGCCCUCGGAUCACCGUUGAAUGUCGUCGCCUUCGUCACAGACCCUAACCCCUGGCCAUAUGCUGAUCGUUGGACGGCUCAGAGGAACAAGGCCGAUGUGGCGGCUGCCUUUUCUCGCUUUGGCCCUACGAUGCGCACCAUAAUCGACCUGCUGCCUGAUCCUACUGAUCAAUGGGCUGUUUUUGAUACGUACGAUCAUCCUCCGAAUACCUAUUCCCGAGGACCUGUCUGUAUAGCCGGCGAUGCAGCUCAUGCGGCGGCUCCGCAUCACGGCGCCGGUGCGGGCUGUGGUGUAGAAGACGUGGCUGCGCUGUGUGCGGUGCUUGACCUGGCUGCGAAGAGAGUGGACGCGACGAAAUGUGGCCCCACGGGGAAAGCCGCUCGAAUAACAACCGCAUUUGAGACUUAUGAUGCUGUUCGUCGUGAGCGUGCGCAGUGGCUGGUUGAAAGUAGUCGCAUUAUCGGUAAUUUAUACGAAUGGCAGGAUAAUGAGGUCGGUUCUGAUGCCUCUAAAUGCCAUGAUGAGGUGUAUUGGCGAUCUCACCGUAUCUGGGACUAUGACAUUGAUACUAUGAUGACUAAAACGGCUAAGGUGUUUGAGGUGCGGGUGGCCGAGUUGACGAAGAAUUAG